GCUAUAUAUAUAUCUGACAUAUGCUGCUUCCAUACACAAAACUCAAAGGAACUAAAAAAAAAUUGUAUUUACUUUUGAGACACCAUGAAACAUACCAAACAAAAUAUUAUGCUAGUGCUUAUUUUUCUUCUGUUCAUUUGCAAAUUUGAGUAUUGUUACUCAAAUGAUGUUGCUAGUUGCGUUGAAGGGGAACGAAUUGCUCUUCUCCAAUUCAAGGAAAGCUUAAUUCAUACAUCAAACCGUCUCUCUUCAUGGAGCGGUCUUGAUUGUUGUGAAUGGGAGGGAAUUUCUUGUAGCUCAACAACUGGCCAUGUCCUAAAGCUUGAUUUGCACAACCCAGCUACAUUAUCUGAUGGUGAUUUAGAGAACUAUUGGUCACAUCAUGUUUUGCCAUCAAACUAUAGCAACAAGUGCUUGGGAGGUGAGAUCAAUCAUUCUCUUAUCAACUUAACACAUUUGAAUUACCUUGAUCUAAGCCUCAACAAUUUUUCUGGGAUCCGAAUUCCUGAAUUCUUUGGAUCUUUCAAAAACUUGAGGUAUCUUAACAUCUCAAGCUCUGGUUUUUUUGGAAAUAUUCCCACUCAUCUUGGAAAUCUUUCAAGUUUAGAGUAUCUCCACCUUGGAGAGGCUUUGGUUAGUGUUCCAUCUUAUAAUGAUUUGGCUACAGAUAACUUGGACUGGUUGGCUAGCCUUUCUUCCCUAAAAAGCCUUGACAUGUAUGGAGUUUCAAUUCGGCAUAGUGAAAAUUGGUUACGCACAAUCAACAAGCUUGUGUCUUUAUCUUCUUUAAACUUGGCUGUAUGUGACAUCAACACAACUAGUCCUCUUUCACAUGUUAACUCCACCUCUCUCAUCUCCCUUGAUCUCAGUGCGGAUAGAUUAGAUUCUGCAAUCCUUCCAUGGUUGUCUAAUCUCACAAGACUAGAGCAUUUGAAUCUAGGCGACAACUCUCUUAAUUCUAGCUUGCUAGAAAUCUUUGAGCCCUUUCCCUCUCUAAAGGUCCUUGACCUUUCUUUUAAUAUCUUUACAGGCACACUAGUUCCGUUGUGUAAGUUUCACAAAUUGGUUUUCAUGGAUCUUAGUUCUAACAGUUUUCAAGGUUCAAUUUCCAAUUGUCUUGGGAACUUGACUUCUUUAACCUCUCUUAGAUUAAGUGAUAAUGACUUUACUGGUUCAAUUCCCAAUUCUCUUGGAAACUUGACUUCUUUAACCUUUCUUAGUUUAAGGAUGAAUAGCUUUACAGGUUCAAUUCCCAAUUCUCUUGGAAACAUGACUUCUUUAACCUCUCUUGAUUUAAGUUCUAAUAGCUUUACAGGUUCAAUUCCCAAUUCUCUUGGAAACAUGACUUCUUUAACCUCUCUUGAUUUAAGUUCUAAUAGCUUUACAGGUUCAAUUCCAAAUACCAUUGGUAGUCUUUGUAGAUUGCAAGUUCUUGAUUUAUCCUUGAAUCAAUUGACGGACUCCAUUGUAGUUCUUUCUGAUUGCCUAUCAGAUAGUUUGAAAGAAUUGUACUUAGAUUCUAACAAUUUCAUUGGUCAACUUCCAAACCAGUUGUACAAGUAUAAGAAUUUGGAAGUCCUUUCCCUGUCUUCAAACUCCUUCUCUGGUCCAAUAAUGGAGUCACUUGGAAAUUUGUCAAUGUUGCGAUUGCUGGAUAUUAGUAACAAUAAGUUUAGUGGUAGUGUCCCCUCUAGUCUUGGUGAACUUUCAAAUCUUGAAGAGUUAGAUAUAUCUAAUAAUUCAUUGGUAGGUUUCCUCUCUGAAUUCCACUUUUCAAAACUCAGUAAGCUUCAAUCUUUGUACAUAUCUAGUAAUUUGUUUUUUUGGAAUGUAAGCUCCAACUGGGUUCCUCCUUUUCAACUCCUUGACAUAGCAAUGGAAUCCAUCAAAAUUGGUCCUCAUUUUCCUCAUUGGCUUCGUACUCAAAGAUAUGUUGAUUCCCUGUUUAUUUCUAAUGCCAGCAUCUCAAGUGCUAUCCCUGAUUGGUUUGAGAAAUUUUUCUGGAACACCUCUCAAUUAGAUCUCUCUAAAAAUCAUAUAAGUGGAGAGCUUCCCUUGAAACCACAUGUUGAAGGUUACAUGCAGAUGAGUUAUCUUUCUCUGUCAAACAAUUAUUUGAGUGGUGGCAUCCCCAAGUCGCUAUGUAGUUUAAACUCUUUACGGAUUCUUGCUCUAUCCACAAAUCAGUUAUAUGGAGAAAUACCUCCAUGCUUAGGAAAACUACAUAGUUUGAUUGUUCUUGACUUGGGGAAUAACAAUCUAAGUGGCCGUAUUCCAAAAUCAUUGGGAUCUCUACAAGGAUUAUUCUCUCUCCACUUGCAGAAUAAUGAACUUGAUGGGAAACUUCCAUCAAGCAUGCAGAAUUUAACAAAUCUGAUGACCUUGGAUUUGAGUGAAAAUAAAUUUAUGGAUGUUAUACCUUCAUGGAUUGGGGAAAAAUUAUUGAGUUUGAAAUAUCUCAUCUUUUAUAGAAAUAAGUUCUAUGGGGAUAUUCCAUUGCAACUAUGUCAACUGCAGGAUCUUCAAUUGUUAAAUUUGGCAAAUAACAACAUAUCAGGAUACAUCCCACAGUGUUUUGGAAACUUUACUGCAAUGGCUUUUGAUGGCGACCAUACACCUAUUGGGUACGCCAUGUAUAAUGCUAAAACGUAUGAAGAUCAAAUUGAUGAAGUCGUAAAAGGAUUAACAUUGCAGUACACUAAAAACCUUCAAUUCCUGAUAUCUAUAGAUCUUUCAGGGAAUCAUAUUGUUGGAAAGAUCCCGAUUGAGAUAAUGAGUUUGCAUGCAUUGGAGAACUUGAAUGUUUCUAGAAAUAAUCUAAGUGGAACAAUCCCUGAGGCUAUUGGCAAUUUGAGCAAAAUUGAAUCACUCGAUUUAUCUAGAAAUGAACUCUCUGGUCCCAUUCCACCAAGCUUGUCAUCCUUGAAUUUUUUGAGCCACUUGAACUUGUCAUUCAACUAUUUAUAUGGGAAAAUACCAACUGGAAGUCAACUUCAAACCCUCAAUGAUCCAUCCAUUUACAUGGGCAACGAAGGACUUUGUGGUGCCCCUCUUUCAAAGGGUUGCUCCAGUGAUGUCGUGCCAACUUUUGUUAAUCAAUCUACAAAAAUCAGUAGUGAUGAUGACGACCAUGAGUUUUUCAUGUGGUUCUAUGCUGGUUUGGGGCCUGGUUUCUUUGUUGGAUUCAUUGGAGUAUUAAGCAUUCUACUGUUUGCAAGAUCUUGGAGCUAUGCGUACUUCAAAUUUUUAGAGAUUGCUUACAACAAAAUACUCAAUUGUUUUUAUUAAAGGUCAAUGCUAGUCAAUGAGCAAUUGUGUGUUGAAGGUAUUUGUCAUUGGUCUUCAAUGUGGAUUACUCUUGACAUGUUGGAAGGGAGUUUCUUCCUCUAACUUGAAAGGCAAAAGAGUAUUGUUGAUUUUGAUAUAAUUUGCAAUUGAUGUUCAUCUUAUUUA